UCCGAUUCCAUUCCGUCCAUCCAUUGUGCUGUCCCUGCUUGGAUCUGUCGAGGCGCAGUUUGUUCUCAGCGCUCAAUUCAGUAUUCCAACCUUCAUCAUGAAGAUCAUCUGCCAACAAUGUCGGCCGAGCAUCCUGACUCGAAUCCAACACCAGACAAUCACAGCCUCGUACCGUGCAUCUUCUCAGGUCCAACGCAUUCAGUUCCGCAGCUACAGCGAUAAUGCGCCCACAGUAUCAGCCACACCUCCUCCUCCCAAGCCUCGUCAACCCAUAGGCGAGGGCAUCACGAUCCCGUCCGCAAUCUCCUCAGCUACCCCUGGCGUGUCGCAACCGCUGAGCACUCCCGAGGGUGUCCACGUCGAUGUCGACCCAACGCAGCCCUCGAAAGCCGCCAGAAAGGUUGAACGGCCCCCAAGUUCCUGCGAGCCCGGAACGAAGCUUGUCGGCCUCAACUACUUCAAGAACAAGCCGGACAUUAUUGCUAUGGAGGAUGAGGAGUACCCCGAGUGGCUGUGGACAUUGCUGGAUAGCUCGAAUAAGGAGGUUAAGAAGGGCGGCGUGGACCCGAGCACUCUGAAUAAGAAACAGCGCAAGCGCUAUGAGAAGAAGAUGGCCGCCCGCGCCGCAACAUUACCGCGACAAAUCCCCGUCCACCAUCAGGCCUCUGAUCUCACACCUGCCGAUUACAACCGCACCGAGAAGGCUCCUAAAGACCUCCUGGAUGAGGCUGCAGACAGUCUCGAGAAGCGGUCCGAAAUUACGAAGAGCGCGAGACUGGCCCGGAGGAAGGCAAUCAGGGAGGACAACUUCUUGCGCGGCCUCUAGUUUUGGUGUGCAUUCUUGUGUAAAUCUAGGUGUAUAUUUGUGGCUGACCUGCUGGGCUUUCCCCUUUACCGUGUAUUAUAAGACUACCAUAUUUUCUUCAGAUCACAGCCAACCCUGAAUAGAACUUUUGUCAUGUAUUCGCACAUUGUCUGGUAUGCACUUACCAAACACCGACCUACUGGGCAACCCCCCAUUCCUUAUCCUCGCCUUGCCCUUCCACCCAUGGAUAAACCGCAUCCCACAGCGCC